UCAGCGAUCAGCGCCGGGCAUUUCAUUAUUUUUCAUUAUUUCGUUUGGCUGGCAUCGUUUGGCUGAGAACUCGGAUUGGUGGGCCCGAAAGUUUUGAAAAUUUUCACUUGCUGGUAUUUUUAGAACGUUCUGAAAGCGGAAAGAUUGCGAGCUGUGCGAGCUGUCUGGGAAUGGACUCCUGAAUAUAUAUGCCCCGACCAAGCAGGAGCCGUGUCCAAUUGAAAGGUGAAAAAUUUGCAUAAGACGCGAUCGAGUGCGCCCGCGGAAUGUGCUCCACCUCUGUGCUGUGUCCGCUGUGCGCGGUGCCCAGCUUCGGCAGCAUUGACGCACUGCAGCAGCGGCUGAUCAAGGCGGCCAACGGCCCGCUGGCCUGCCCCUUCGCCAACUGCAAGGAGCUCUUCCUCGGCCUGGACAAGCUCACCAUCCACCUCUUCUCGCACACCACUCUGAUGGGCCAGAGCCAGGUCAGCCAGCCGGUCCAGCCCGUCCAGCCGGUGCCCCCUCUGGUCGCCGUUUCCGCCCCCAAGAGGCGGGCCAAGCGGACCAAGUCCAAGCCCGUCGGCCUGCCCCCGCCCCAGCCCCCUGCCCCACCCACCCCUCCCGCCAACUGCGACAUCUGCGAGUUCAGUUUCCGGAACAGCGAGCUGCGGGACAUGCACAUCCGGUUGGUGCACGAAAACGCGGAGGCCGAGAGGCAAGCCCAGCAGCUGGAGCAGGAGGAGCAGGAUCAGGAGCCCUACAAGUGCCACCUCUGCUCCAAGACGUUCCGCAUGAAGGGCUCCCUGCGGAUCCACCUGAAGGUGGUGCACAUGAUGGGAGUGCCCUGCUCCAACCCCAUCCCGGUGACCUCCACCAUCACCAUCGGCCCCUCGCCCAAGCUGAGCAUCUGCGACCGCAUCCGGCACAAGGAGGCCGGGGCCAUCGCCAGUGCCAGCUCCAUCAGCUCCUCGUCCACCCAGCCCUACGCCCUGAGUGGGGCACUCAGCAUGCUGCAGCAGGCUCCCAACUCCCCGGACUCGGGCAGUGCCACGCCGAAGCUGUGGGAGUGCGACGUGUGCACCAAGUCCUUCACCACCAAGUACUUCCUGAAGAAGCACAAGCGGCUGCACACCGGCGAGAUGCCGUACACCUGCGAGAUCUGCGCCAGGACCUUCACCUUCCAGCAGUCGUACCACAAGCAUUUGCUCUACCACAGCGAGGUGAAGCCGCACGUGUGCAACGUUUGCGGGAGGGCCUUCAAGGAGCUGUCCACGCUGCACAACCACCAGAGGAUCCACAGCGGGGAGAAGCCCUUCAAGUGCGAGGUGUGCGGAAAGUGCUUCCGGCAGCGCGUCUCCUUCCUGGUCCACACGCGCAUCCACACGGGCGUGAUGCCCUACAAGUGCGAUCUCUGCCAGAAGACGUUCCGGUACAAGGUCAGCCAGCGCACCCACCGCUGUCCCACCGAGGAGGCCCAGACGCCGGAGCAGCUGAUCAACGCCUACCUGGAGGGCAACGACUCGCCCACGCAGCCCUCGCCGGCGAGCGCAGAGAUUGCUGCCAUCAACAGCGGAUCGAUGGCGGACCCGGAGCAGGAGGCCCUGCUCUCGCAGAGCAUCGACGACAUCGUGGUGGAGCAGUGCCAAAAGCUGGGCAUAUGUGGCGUGGACCCGCGGGAGGAGCAGGCCCACCUCGUCCCCCUGCAGCCGGCUGUGGUGGUGCAAUUCAACGGGACCGGCUCCCCGCUGCAGCAGCUCCAGAACCUGAGACUCUACUCGCCGCAGCAGUCGGAGCUGCCCAGUUCGGACGGCGAGGUCUUCCAACGAUUUCUAAUGGACGCUACGUAGCUGGGAACGAAACUUGUGCCCAUCUAUUUAAACUCGUUGUCAUUCGGCCCUGAAUCGGAUAUAGCAAAUGACUCUAGGGAUUCGUAGUGUUCAGGAAAAGAGUAGUUCAAGAUAGCUUUCUUCUCUCCAAACAAAUUUUAAAAAUUUACCUAAUAUUAUUAGAGCCUGACAGCAAAAUUAUAUUUGCAAACAGAUGUUAAAAAAAAGUUUAA